UUGACGUUCUUCGCGAAGAACCGGAUGCCGAACCCCGAUAUCCCGAUUUCGACCAAGUCGGUGUCGUCUAUUGUACGUGAUGCAGUUGAGCCCGUCCCAGCGACUUGCCUUCGUGACGGUCAAUCUGAAGAAUGCAUGAGGAUUAAGUCGCCUGCCAAAUGCAUUUCCCAGCCUCAGAUCCAGCCUCGUGUCCUCGCUCCGUUCCCAUGUGCAUAUUACAACCGGAAGUGUGCCAGCCAGUGAGUUCCGAAACAAUGUGAAUCUCGAAAAUAUUCUGAAAUCGCAACGGCAACGGAAAGUGUAGUUCUUCGGGGUUUUCUUAACGAUCGUUCCUAGAGCACAUAUUAAGCUAAUCAAUAAGGAUAUCCCUGCAUUAUGUGAAUUAAUCAAGUUGAUAUUUACGUGACUCCGUUCCCAACCGAAACCGAAACCCAAAAGGAUGGAAAAAACAAAUGGCUGAAGUGCGUGAGACGCCAUAGGUGACCCCAAAAAAAAAGUUAAAGAAAGAGAAAAAAGCGGAGAAGUCGGCCAUAAAGAAAUCGAGUCCAAUGCAGUUUGUUAGAGCCGACUACUCCAGAUUGCAAAAUGCGUUUGAAUGAACCAGCUGAAAGGACGCGACCCAGAACUAAAUCAACGACAGAAGCCUCCAAGCUCUCAUCAUCCUGGGGUGACCUUCACCUCGAAUGUUCCAUAUACAACCUGAUCAGGCUGCUCCUCCUCAUCUCAACGAUCAUGGGCGGCGGAUUUGUCCAGGCCAAGACCAUCUACGACACCGUUAACCGGAUUCAGGCUGCGGGUCCCUUGCUGGAGCCACAGGAAACAUCGAAAGUUCCCCUGCAAACGACUGCUGGCACGCCCACUGCCGCCCACACCCACGUCUCCACGUUACGGAGUAGUUACGAUUCGAGUGAAAUCGAUAACUCCUUACCAGAGGAUUCGGAUAAUGGUGCGGCUGAGGAUUACGUCAUCCCAGAUGGUCAGACAUCCCCAGUGGCGAUCCUGGAACAGGACAAUACAGCCAAGGUCCGCGAUCUGGAGUCUUUAUCCCUGCAGGCAGGAUCGGGCACAGUUUCUCCGAAGGCAAAUCUCGAUUCUGCCGGACGGAAGAACUCCUCCUUCCAGCAGAUCGGCAGCCAGAAUGUAAAUGCCUUAGUGCCGCCCACAGUGGCCACCACAUUGUCCGGCAGCUCGUCUAGUGCCAACGCCUCCGCAUCCUCCUUGGCCACUCCCACUGAGCCGGCAAGGAACCGGAGCACCGGCCAUGUCCGCAACUCCGCCGUCAAGGUGGACAGCAAGCAUCCACUCUCAAAGGGCCAGAAAACGGAUGCACCCAUGCUGAACUACAUCUUCGACACGUUCUCGUCGGCCAACAAGCAUCACCAUCACGAUCAGAGAUAUGGCCCCCACUUCGAAGAUGUGCAGCGUGUUGGUCAGGCCACCAAUCUCACCGUUCAGGCGGGCUCCAGCAUCCACCUAAACUGCCGAAUAUCUCUACUGCAGGAUAAGACUGUCUCUUGGGUGCGCCACAACACGCAGGAUGAGGGUAACGCCCUGGACCUGCUCACAGUGGGCAUGCACACUUACACGGGUGAUAAGCGCUACAAAAUGGAGUUCCAGUACCCCAACAACUGGCGACUGAAGAUAACCAACGUGAAGAAGGACGACGAGGCCAUAUACGAGUGCCAGAUCUCAACCCAUCCGCCCCGUGUCAUUCAAAUCAAUCUGCAUGUGAACGCUCCUAAAGUGAUGAUAGUGGACGAGGUGGGGGAUCCGCUGCAGGAGAAAUACUACGAGAUCGACUCCACCCUGCAGCUGUCCUGUGUGGUGCGAAAUGUGGCCAUGACGAGUUCUGUGGUCUUUUGGAAGCACAUCGACAACGUCCUCAACUACGACGUAACUCGAGGGGGAGUGAACGUCAAAACAGAACUGAUGGAGGAUGGAGCCAACUCGACGCUCUCGAUAGCGAAGAUCAGCAAAACGGAUUCCGGCAACUACACGUGCUCCAUCAGCGAGUUCCAGAACUUCACCAUUGUGGUUCACAUUCUGAAUGGCGAAAGCUUUGCCGAGCUGCAUCAUGGAGGAGCGGGUGGGAUGGCAACCACGUGGUGGAGUCGGGUGAUGAUACAUUUAAUGGCACUCCUCGUGCUAAGUAGCUUAAGGGGGGAGUUUAGCUAAGGUUCCCGGUUAUUUUCAGUAGGUUAAGUGGGAGUAAGCAAAUUGAGAUAACAUCGUUUUUCCUGUAGCACUUUUUGUUGAUUAAUUGUAAAGAUUCUUAAUUGGAUAGGGCAGUUAUUAGAAAUAACUAAAAACGCAGCCUAAGUUUAACUGGCUAUUAUAGAUAUGUUUCUACGUCUAUCAUCAAAUUGUACAUGAGCAGGCACGCCUAGGAAUAAGUUAAAGUUAAGCUUAAGUGUAUGGAAAGAUUAAAGACAGAGAGAGAGGCCAACGAAUUUCCCUAGCAGAAUGAAAGAGACAUUACGGGCUGGCCUAGAUCUAGUUGAUACAGGAAUGUAAAGCAUAGUGUAAUCUAAGUCACUACAAGUUCAUUAUCACAAGCUUUGGCGGCAAGGAUCUGAACUCCUGUGGGAACUACUCAAUGUUGAACUAUUAUAAAGUGCAAUACGGUCAUAUACAUAUUAUAUACAUACACACACACACACGAAAGGAAGCAUUGGUCAAAUGAUAUGUUAAUAAACGAGUACUCGUAUGUAUGCAAUAAUAAAGUGAACUAUAAAUGAA